GCGACAACAAAACUACAAUUGAUAAACAGGCAGCAAAACCCGCGAACACAACCACAGAUUUGAAACAAUCAAAUAAAAUGAAAUCUGCAAAUAAAAAGAGCUCACUCACUUUUCCCACUCUUGUUCUCCCCGAGCAUAAAGAGAAACCUCCUCCCCUUACCCCUCUCACUCCAGAGCCAAGCUCCUCCACAGAUGUUGCUCCUGCUGCUCCUGGGGAGAAGGAGUUUCCUCCCACUCCUCUUACCGACUCCAUCGCAAGAACAUGUGAAGAAUAUUUCGCUCUUCUUCGGAUGGUGAGCGAACGCGCGAAGCUGGAUGACGUCAUACAAGAAGAACCUGCUUUGUUUGACAAUAAUCAACCAGAAGUUCCCCAACCCGCGAAACCAUUAUUACAAACACAAGAUGAACAAACAGCAUUGUCACGUACUAACCAACAUCAAAGACCACCAGACACACAAACCUCAUCUAAAACAAUUCGACUUCACGAUAAUUCAACUCAGUUUGAAACCAAAUACGUACCCAAUGACGUCACGGUGACGUCAGAACCACGCGUUAUGUUACCAAGCUGGUGGUUACGUCAGAAUAACAACAGACAAACGGAAACAACAGGAUUAUUACGUCAUACAACCGAAGUCGCGGUAAACACCCUUCCAGAGGUCGUGGACCAAUCAGAACAAACCGGGAACAACGUCAUCGCUGUUGCCAAGACAACUGUUGACAAAAGAAGAAAGUCACGUGAUAGCCGGACGAAGCUCAAAAGUAAGGAAGUCAUCAAGGCAAAACCGUGUUUGACGUCAUCUUUGACGUCAUCCAUGGAGAGUGAAUACGCAUCGAGUUCGUCGAGCGAUCGUCACACUUUCAUCACAGAAAGUAAGAAAAAAAUCCGAUCACGGUGCGCCCACUGCCGGAUGAAUGAUUUUGAUAAACAACCUGCGCGGUGGAUUGGUAACCAACAAAUACCUUUUUGUGGCCCAAUUGUGACAUCAUCAAUGGGAAAUGACGUCAGUGUUCAGUACCCGUCUAAUGUGAACUUGUUAAAAGCCCCUGAGUUAAAGAAAUGCGAAAAAUGCGAAGUAAAGAAAGCGGAACCUUUGUCUGUGGGUGUAGGUGUACAAGCAACGGGGGCAGAUGUGGCGGGGUCCGAAAAAGUUGACAAAUCCACGUCAUUUGACGGUAAUUGUGGUCUUGAAAGGCGUAGUACUGUUGCCGAAGAGAAGAGUUUGUUAAAUGUUGCGGGACAUGUUUCUGAAGCACCGCAGGAUCCAAAAGAAAGUAUUGCAACAGCUGGAAUAACUCCAGAGAUUACUGGGAAUAUUUUAAAAGGAGAAAUUUUAAGCCAAGAAAUUAAAAAGGAAUCGCCAAAAGUUAAAAAGGAAAACACAGAAACAAACAAAAAGUUGUCGAAGUCACCAAUUUUAGAGUCAAGACCAAAAACUCGCGUUUUUAAAAUCGAACUUUGCGACGUGCUAGAGAAGACAUUGGAAAAAUUCGCGCCCUUUCGAGAUGCGAGGCCAUUGAGCAGUAGACGCAUUCGAGGAAUGCCCACUAUGAUGUAUGGGUGCCCGAAUGUUUCUCGUUCUAAUUCUCACGCGAGCACCGAAGCGACCACAACUUCUAACUCGUGUGUCUUCGACGAGGUCGAGCGGAAUUUUUACUCCCGCAAGAUGGCGGCAAUGAGCAGAGUUGAAUCAGACAUGCUGGCAGACAAUAUUUUUUACCGGGAACAGAUGGGUAAGAGCCCAGGAAUCAGAUUAAACAAGCAACGACGGUUCUACGUCCCCGCACACCUUAUAGAAGAGAGAGAACACACCCCGAACGUUCAGACCUUCCCUACACCACGAACCGGGAAAUCCACAGCUCCAAGCUUAAUGUUAGGAACCGAAAUCUCAGAUUUCAUUCAAACUGGCUCUGGCCUCAGUGGGGACUUCGUCACGAGGUGGCGCCGAGGAACAAAAAGCGGGGAGAGAAGAGAAAUGAUGUCACAAUACAAAGCGCGCGAUUUAACCCAAAUGGAAUUGCCACCGGAAAAAGAAUUAAAUUACAGAAUAAUAAAUUCGAGAGAAUUCUGGAACGAAUUAGAAGAAAGGAGACAAACAUUUGAUUGUGACGUCACAAUAUCGAAGAACGAACGCCCAACAACUGCGACUAUGACGUCACAGAUAAAUUUACCGAAAAUAGACCCCAAUAAUAAUGAAGAUUUUUACCGAGGCAACCACAGUAGUUACAACGUCACAAGAGAUCUCGUGACGUCGCCAUUUCAAGUUGAGGUUGUAAACAAAUGUACAACUCCGCGAAUGGCAAGUGUCACACCGCCCAAAGAAAGAGUUAAGACUCCAAACAAUUUGCCACGAAUGGCAAGUUACCAAGAAGAAGCUACGACAGCACCAAUGGCAGGAGUUAGAGAAAUACAAUUUCCAAAAAUGUCUUUGUUUUUGAAACGCGAAAUUCGACCAGCUGACCCCUGGGAGCUUCCCAAUGCGACAGAUCACAGCAUGGAACACCUAGCGCCGUCUAGCGGAUAUAGAAUUAACUUCUUUGAUUCGUCAAAAGCCCGGGCACAGCAAGCGGGAAAAAAUAAAGAAUUAAACGCUGUUACCACUCAAGCACGAAAAGUAUCAACUACAGACAACGACUUCGAUUCAACCGAAGCUUUGGCGUCGGAAAACAACAAUGACAAACCUAAAAAUAGACCAAGAUUAAUAGCUAAAAGAAAACUGUAAUAAAUCGUUAACAUGCUAAGUGUUGGUAUGUAGUAGGGUGGGGGGGAGAUGAGACACCUGUUUAAUCUACUUCAUCGUCCCAUGUGAUAGUAAACAAAGAACAUUCAAAGAAUUACAAAACCGUAUCCUCACGACUCCCAUAGACCGC